GUAACACCGCCUUAUUAUUAUUCAGUCAGUAAACGAGGGAAACAGUGCUAAAGAAAGGUAUUACAACUAGGCCGUCGUCCCCCUCCACCUCCUCCUCCAUCACGUCGAAACGUUCCUCCUCCUCCACCGCCACCUGCUCGUCAAUCGAUGGUCGCACCACCUCCACCUCCUGCUCGACCUGGUUCACGCGCAAAUAUCCCGGCACCAACACCGCCGAGACCAACACCACCACGUCCUGCAUCGCAAUUGCCGCCAGCACCUGCGCAAACACACGAAGAACCACCACGUAUCACGCCACCUCGACCUGCUACGCAACUUCCUGCACCACCAUCUUCAGCCGACCGCGAUGUAUCGCCUACUAUCUCGCCUCCAGCUAUCAAGCCUCCUACACUACCUCCAGUUACAAAACCACCAACCAUCACAUCUCCAGAUAGUGCAGUGUCGCCUCCACUCAAAUCAAACAAUCCGUAUCGAAUGUCCAUGACCACGGAGCAGCCACCGGCACCAUCACCGCCCGCCCCACCUACAGCACCAGCGCCUCCUCCUCCUCCUCCUCCACCUCCCCCUGCUCCGCCUGUGCCGAAUUCGCAGCCUCAACAGCCACCAGCAUCAGAAACGUUCUAUAACGACAUCCAACAUGACGGCCAGUAUUCGGAUGACGAGAGUGAGGACGAAUUCGUUGAUGCUCAAUCUGCACCUGCGCCUCCACCGCUGCCACCCAUGCCUGCAACAAAACGACCAGUGCCUAUUCCGCCUCCACCGAUACCACGCAGAGAUCGACGUGGACCUCCACCGCCGCCACCUGGUAGACCGCCUCCAAGACCAAGUGCGCCUGUACCUCCCCCGCCGCCAUCUACUGGCGUGCCGCCUCCCCCUCCAUCAGCAGGUGCACCGCCGCCGCCUCCGCCGCCUCCGCCGCCUCCUCCUCCUCCUCCACCUGCAACAGGUGCACCACCACCUCCACCUCCUCCACCAGCACCUAUAUCAGGAGGAGCAUCGUCACCGCAGUCCCCACCUAAUGAUGGUCGUUCCAACUUGAUGGAAAGUAUUCGUGCAACCGGUGGUUUCUCCAGCCUAAAAACCACCGGCAAGAUGCGCUCGACACCUACAGAUUCACCUAAACUUAACAAAGCCGCUGUUGGCGCUGGUGCAGCUGCCGGUGCCGGUGCAGCAGCAGCUGGUGGUGGCGAUCUUGCAUCAUCGCUUGCGGCUGCCCUGAACGCAAGAAAAAGUGCAAUGGAAAGCGACGACGAGAAUGAUUCUGACAGUAGUGAAUGGGAGGAUUAACUGCGCUAUACCUUACGUACAUUUAGCCAAUAUAAUAAAAAAAACAUCCCAUCUUUAGUCAGUAGAGUGCUCUUCCGAUAUAAUAAAUAAAUUACAGCUACUUUCUGAUAGUAGUCCACCCUCUGAUUAACCGUGUUAUUUUGCUGGGCAUACUUGUAGACUA